CCGCGACGCUCAAGCUCGCCCAGCGUAAAACGUCGAGCGUGCGCUCCCCGUGCGGCGGGACGCAGCUUGGGACUGCAGGGCCUGCCACCGCCCCCCCCUCCGUAUCCGUUUCGGGCCAGGCCCCGCCGGGCAGACCCGGGCGCCACCCCCAGAGAUCCGACGCCCCCGUCCCCGGAGCCCGCCGCCCGCAUGAGCGCAGACCAGGGCGCCGCCGCCAGCCCGCUCCACGGCCCGCUGGCGGCGGCCCUGGGGCUCCCGCCAGGCGAGCGCGAGGCGGCGGUGCGCCUGGCCGUGCGCACGCUGGCGCAGGGGUCGGGGUGCGACGGCGGCGCGGGGGGCCGUCUGGACGAGGCGCUGCGGGCGGUGCGGCCGUCGUUGCCCGAGGGGACGCGGGUGCUGCUGGACCGCCUGGCAGGGGAGCUCCGCGCGGCGGCCGCCGACGUGGCCGGGGAGGGCGGCGCUGGGGCGCGGGGGGAGGUGGAAACGCCGCCGCGGCAGCAUCAGGGCAGGCGCAGGUGGGCCUCGCCGCCGAGGCUCAGGCAGGCGCGGAGAGAGGAGAGGGGGCUGCCGAGGAGAUACAGGAGGGGGCCGCCGGGGAGGAGAGCGAGGACGAUGGUGAGGAGGGCAGUCCGUUUGUUCUUGGCCCGGUGCGUGUGCCGUUGGCCACGCUUCUUAACGUGGCGGCCGCGUUGGAGCUGGAUGACCUCACACCGGCGGCGAGCUCGUGCAAGUCGUUGUGUAUCGCCAUCAACAUCAACCUGCAGUACGUGUACUUCCUGGUGCGGCUGAUCCGCCUCAUCGCCCUGGGUCCCGAGCUGGCGCGGGCCAUACGCGACAACGAAGACUCCUCCGGCGUCUCCGAAGCAUCCACUGAGGCCUCGGAUGAUUCCUGA